AUGUCUUUCGGUCGGCCAGCCAACAAUUUAAUCAAGGGAUCAACGCUCCCGCCAGAGCGUGGUAUCUUUCCACUGGAUCAUGCUGGCGAGUGCAAAGAAGUGAUGCAGAUCUAUCUCAACUGCCUUAAGGCCUACCGUGGUGACAAUAGUCAGUGCAGGCUCCUCGGAAAGGAUUACCUGCAGUGUCGUAUGGACAAGGAGCUUAUGCUGAAGGAUGAUUUCAAGAACCUGGGAUUUCAAGAGGAGGACUCACAGAAACAGUCGAUACCGGGUACGCCGAGUGCGCCAGGUGGAGCAUGACGAGAGCAAUCGGUGAUGCGCUGAAUACGAAAUGGGAAGGACAAAUAAAGACAAAAGGCAGGUGAUACAAGGAUGCAUAUGUACGAUAUGAGCAAUAUGAUACCCGCAGGUCGGUG